GGAAUCAUUUCGGAUUGAGGGGAGGGUAUGUAUACCUAAUCUUUCUUUACUAACUGGGCUGACGGCGUGCUGCCACACUGAGAGGUUGGCCGAGGAGAGAAGCCAUGGCGAUUACGGGCGACCCAAGGGUCUUGGCCGCUCUAAACCCUUUUCCGAAGAUCCCUUCUAGGCUUACGUUCGUUUCUUCUUCUUCCCUGUAUUCAUUGUCCUCGAAGAUUUGGGUGCCCAUAGCAAGAAGAAAGGUAGAAGUAUUGGAGGGGAGAUCGGACAAUUGUAAUCUAAAAUUUUGGAUCUCCCAACUCAAUUUUUCAUAUUUCAAAAGUCAAAUUGCAGCCGUUCAUGAGAAGAUCGAUGAAAAAUUCUCCAUCCUGAAGGAGAUGUUGAAGAAGUUUCUUGAGGGCCAACCCAAAAUGAUGCAGUUCAGUGCCUAUGCAGAAGGAGCAACUAAUAAUUUUAAGAUUAAGCACAGAAGCCAGCACGUAUUAUCUUUUGAUCAUAACAGACCACAGAGAAACUACCACUGCUAUGGAAUAAAGUCAGACAUACCUUCAGCAACCAUGAAUCAGGAUGCAGAUGUUUUCCUCCUUAAUGCUGUCAGAAUGAGCUUCCUCGAGCGCUUAGCUCUGGCAUGGAAGAUACUAUUCCCUACAACUACUGACAGGAGAAAUUCAAAUGCCAAGAUUGCAAAACAGAGGCUCAAGAUGAUCCUUUUCGCAGAUCGAUGCGCGGUUAGUGACGAAGCGAAGCAGAAGAUUGUGAGCAAUAUCAUCAAAGCUUUGUCUGAUUUCGUCGAGAUAGAAUCGCAGGAUAAGGUUCAGCUAAGCGUUUCUACAGAUAUCGACCUCGGCACCAUGUACUCUGUCACAGUCCCUGUCAGGCGCGUCAAACCCGGUUACCAACAGUCGGAUGAAGAGUACUCUGGAAUAACUGGAAUUGAGUUCAAGGAUAGAGGAGAAACUUCUGGAUGUGUUGAUGUCCAGUUUGAUUUUUAUGUUCCUAGUGAAAAAAAGCAUCAGAUACCUUAGCAACUUCUCUAAAAAAGUUUUUCUGUAAGUCCAGCUUUCUGAAACAUUUUCAAACUGUUAGGUGUAUAUAUAAUCCAGGAACUUUGAGCAACUUUUGCUGGGAUAUCUGUAGUAGUCAGAAAAAACUAGCUUUCUGCAAGUAUAUUGUUCAGUUUAAGAGUUUUCUUGUUAGGUAGCCUUUGAUCUUGGAAUUGAGUGGCUUUUCUGAGCUAGAUCAAGUUAAUUGUUGGAUGAGAGUUUGAUUAUUUGAAUUUUGGUAUAGAUGUUUGCUUGAUAAUGA